AGCCUCAUACUAUCUCCCAUUGAUCUUGAUGAUUCAUAAGCUGCCUCCAAUCCAAAACCAACAAUGUCACCUCCAUCUCUCAACUCUUCUUUCCAGUCCAUUUGGCAAGCUAGACUCAACAAUCUCAGGUUCAUCAAACCCUCAACCCCUAAACCGUCCUUCAUCGUGACUCCCAUCGAUGAGACGAAGAUCCUAACCGCUCUUUUCUGCACCAAGAAACACGGAUACCAGAUCAGGAUCAGGUCGGGAGGACAUGACUUCGAAGGCGUCUCGUAUUCUGCUGUAGUUCCCUUUGUCAUGCUUGAUCUUGUCAACAUGAAGUCUAUAGAUGUGGAUGUUGGAAACAAGACUUCAUGGGUCCAGGCUGGUGCACUGCUUGGUGAAGUCUACUACACUAUUUCUCAAAAGACCAACACCUUGUACUUCCCGGGUAGUAUUUCCCCCACAGUGGGUGUGGGCGGGUACAUGAGUGGCGGUGGGUAUGGAAACCUGGUGAGGAAAUAUGGGACAGCUGCUGAUAAUGUUGUGGAUGUUCGGUUCAUGGAUGUUAAUGGAAAUAUUUUGGACAGGAAGUCAAUGGGCGAAGAUUUGUUUUGGGCGCUUCGCGGUGGUGGUGCUUCCAGCUUUGGAAUAGUUCUUGCAUGGAAGCUGAGAUUGGUGCCAGUGCCGGAGAUUGUCACUGUUUUUCGGGUGAAUAUAACACUUGAACAAAAUGGGACGGAUAUUUUUUAUAAAUAUCAAUAUGUAGCACCAAGUAUGGAUCCACAUUUGCUUAUAAGAGUUCGGAUGUUCAGCGAAUUUAUAGGCAACACUACGAAUAAAACGAUCUGAAUAUUGUUUGAAGGACUUUAUCUUGGAAAAA